AUGAGCCUGAGCGGUGUCUUCGAUACCGACAGCUCGCAGCCUCACUUCAAACCUGCAAAACUUCUCCCACCACCUCGUCAGAUCCGCUUCGUUUCGGCCAACGGACAACCACACGCAAAGAGGAGGCGCAUAAAUGCUGCUUGCUUGACAUGUCGCAAAAGGAAGACUCGCUGUUCGGGUGAACGUCCGCAGUGCAAAACCUGCACGGAAAAUGGUCAUGUCUGUUCUGGAUUUGCGGAGCCGCAGUCUAGGAAGGAUGAUGAAGGAGCAGAGCAUGAUGUUGAAGAUCAGAAGAACUCGGGGUCAUCGACCCCUUGGAGAUACGGCACAGAAACUGAGGGUCAGCACUCAUUGCGACCUAAGGCAGAACGGCUGCCAUCAACGGGCAAUGUCACAACUGCAAAGGCGGGCGACAGAGACGAAGCGGCCGGUAUCAUCAGUCCUGCAAGCAAUAACACCGCAAAUAGCUUGACAUCCACCAGAAACCGUGUUCCCUAUUUUCGUUACUUCGGCCCGACUGCAAUUGUCCCUGGAUUCAAGCAGAUGGUCGUUCAGGUCAAAGACCACCGUCGAAGCUUGCCAUCUAUGCCGGGGGAAUCUCCUUCGUCAGGCGCGCCUUUCGAGUCGAACUCCCUCGGAGGCCAGGACAGACUCGCUGCUGAAAUACCGUUCUACGAUGCUACGACCUCAGCACCAAAUGCUCCGUUAAUCACACAUCUGUGCGAUACCUUCUUUACGCACCUUGGCUGCAACUACCCUUUCUUACAGCGGGAACGGUUUCUCGGGGAUUUGGAGGAUAAGCGCGUCGAGGCCAUCCUCGUUGAUGCUGUCUGCGCUGUUGCUGCCAGAUUCUCAUCUGACCCUCUGCUAUUGACUUCCAAUGAUGCGUCCAUUCCCCUGGAUGCGGACAACAACGUGAAAAGAGCGUUCCGUGGUCAACCGUUCGCUCAGAGAGCCAUGGCUGCAGUCAUUGAUACCUUCUCAUGCCCCACUAUAGCGGUAACUCAAGCGUGCAUAUUGUUGGCAUACGAAGAAUUUGGCGAAGAUCACGAUAGCGGUCUGUGGAUGUAUCUUGGGACCGCCAUCCGAAUGGCCCAGGACCUUGGCAUGCAAAAGCUCGAAGGCUUGCAACUUGAGGGACGCAUCGGACCGACCCCCAAGACGGCGAAACACGGACAUGAAGGCAAGGCUGAGGAGCAAAGAAGAUACCAGCAGCAGCAGACUCUCUCGCAAAAUCUGUCGGGCGAAGACAGCACCCAACUUGAAGACCGAAGGGCAAGUGAACAGGAACGUAUCGACACCUUUUGGGCCAUAUUCUUCCUGGACCGAGCUGUAUCAUCUGGAGUCGGUCGCCCGGUCACCCUUCGAGACAAGGAUAUCGAGAUAUCCUUCCCCUAUCGCUCGGAUGACACCAUCAUUAGUGGCUACCCAGACCCUUUCCCACCUAUGAUACAGAUCGUACAUAUGUAUGGACGGGUUGCUGAUGUUCUGAACAAUAUAAAAGAUGUCAGUCAAGUGACACCUGAAAUUCUGAAGCGAUUGGCAAGCAUGGAGAAGGAUCUCACGGGUAUCUACCAGCGCUUGUCGCCCAAACUACACUUCAACGCCACGAAUUUCCAGCACUAUGUCAAAGCAGGCCAUGGCACGAACUUCAUCUUGCUGCAUUUCUGGUUCCACACUUUGAUCGUGCUCGUCCACCAACCAACACUACUGCAUUCCUUCGAAGGGGAGAUUCAGCAGCUUUUCCCCGACAGUCGGGAAUUGUCCAUGUCUUCUGCCAAAACCAUCGCCGACAUCCUUGCUUUUGCCGAGCUGAUAGACGUGAAGAGUUUUAUUGGCAGCCCAUUCACAAGCCAGCCUAUGUAUGUUGCAGCAUGUGCUUUUCUAGCUGAAGCUGCCGCUCACGCUUCCCAACCACCGUCUCGAGCGGUGUCCCCUCCCAGAAAUCCCUUACCUCGAGCUCGCUUAGAAACAGUGCACUUGAAGUCUCUGAUGGAACAGAAAGCUGCUUCUGCGCGCCAUACCUUGCUAGCUACUGCCGCCAAUCAGAACUAUCAGCGGUGUUACAAAGCUUUGAAAACAUUGGAGUCGUACUGGGCCGGAUGCCGUUAUAUUUUGACUGCGCUUGACCAGAAAUCUAAAGGCCUGAAGGAUCCGCUGCUCUUUACCGCCGAAGACCUUGAUGGAGAGAUGCCAUCAACCGAGCCUUCUUUCACUACACCUGGCUGGCGGAGGAGUACUGCCUUCGCAGCAUCUCUGGAUGCUUAUGGGAAUGCUCUGCGUCGACUGCCAGCACUUGGCCAGUGGAGUGAGACGACGCCGUUUACACCGAAAAUGGAUUUGGGCCAAGCGAUUGGAUGGUCGUUGACUGGGACCGCAAAUUCGCCCGCCCCCAACAUCAGCUUCCUCUAUCCAAAUACUAAUGGGGAUGACGGUGGGCAGACGACGUCGAAGCCAAUGAAAAUUGAGCAAGUCAGUUCGAGUGCAGCACAGCCAGUCGCAAGCAAUCUGCAAGAAGGCAUGAUGGAACGGCCCGGGCCACAAAUCCCUUCACCCCAAAUUGACCAUGUAGGCCGCAAUUAUCAACUGCACUACUCGACCAGGAACAAGUCCUCGUCUCUGCCUUAUGAUCCAGUAUCUACGGCAGAAGCUGACCUCCUGCUUGGUCUACAUGCACCUUAUGCUACAAGCGCAACGAACCCGCAGAUUCCUCAUAGUGUCUCCAACCAAGGCCGGCCGGUCCAGAGCUUUGACUAUACCGCUCUUCAGACUACCCAUGGGCCGGCUUCUGUCACCUUUCAACAGCAGUGCAUCACCCCUCAACAGCAGAGCUUCAAUAACAACAUGUAUGUUGAAGCACAAGACGUGGAAAUGAGCGGGCAACAGCUUAGCUUCAAUUUCCCUGGGGGCGACAUGAUACCCUGGCUCGAAUACUUGCCUCAGGAUGUCCUCAGUUAUUUUGGAGACUCCCAGGUUUUAGGGAACGGUUUGACUCCAGGCGAGCCGCAUGGGCCCGGAUGA